AGGAAGAGGAGGGAUGAGGAGGCCGCCGCCGUUGCAUCCGUGACGGGGGCCUGAAGAGCCCGAGCUUGGGACGGCCCCUUUCCCACCGCGCCAGCGCUCGGGGGAAGGGCGAGGAGGAGGAGGAGGAGGAGGAGGACUGUGUGUGCCUGUGAGAGAGUGUGGAGAUGAGCUAAGCCCUGUCCCCUGGAGCCGCCUGAGGAGACCCGGCUCCCCCCCCCUCCACGUCCCUGCCGCCGCCAUGGCUCACUCCCCCGUGCAGACGGGCCUGCCGGGGAUGCAGACUCUGAAGGCAGAUCCAGAAGAACUGUUUACAAAACUGGAGAAAAUUGGUAAGGGCUCUUUUGGUGAAGUUUUUAAAGGAAUUGACAAUCGGACUCAGAAAGUGGUUGCUAUAAAAAUUAUUGACCUAGAAGAAGCAGAAGAUGAAAUAGAAGACAUCCAACAAGAAAUCACAGUGCUGAGUCAGUGUGACAGUCCAUAUGUAACUAAAUAUUAUGGAUCCUAUUUAAAGGAUACAAAAUUAUGGAUAAUAAUGGAAUAUCUGGGUGGAGGCUCUGCCCUUGAUCUAUUAGAACCUGGCUCACUCGACGAAACCCAGAUUGCUACAAUAUUGAGGGAGAUACUCAAAGGACUCGAUUACUUGCAUUCAGAAAAGAAAAUCCACAGAGAUAUUAAAGCGGCUAAUGUAUUGCUAUCUGAACAAGGAGAAGUAAAACUAGCAGAUUUUGGAGUAGCAGGACAACUAACAGAUACACAGAUAAAGAGGAAUACCUUUGUGGGAACACCAUUUUGGAUGGCACCUGAAGUAAUAAAGCAAUCGGCAUAUGAUUCGAAGGCAGAUAUCUGGUCAUUAGGCAUAACAGCCAUAGAACUUGCAAAAGGAGAGCCACCUCAUUCCGAAUUACAUCCAAUGAAGGUUUUGUUCCUCAUUCCGAAGAACAAUCCACCAACACUGGAAGGAAACUUCAGUAAAUCCCUCAAAGAAUUUGUUGAGGCCUGCUUAAACAAGGACCCAAGCUUUAGACCUACUGCAAAAGAGCUCUUAAAACACAAAUUUAUUUUACGAAACUCAAAGAAAACUUCCUACCUGACUGACCUUAUUGAUAGGCACAAGAGAUGGAAGUCUGAACAAAGUCAUGAUGACUCCAGUUCUGAUGACUCAGAUACUGAACCAGAUGGUCAGGCUUCAGGUGGGAGUGAUUCAGGAGAGUGGAUCUUUACAAUAAGAGAAAAAGACCCCAAGAAUCUAGAGAAUGGAGCAGCCCAGCCUUUGGAGUUGCAAAGAAAUAAGGAAAAGGAUAUCCCAAAGAGGCCUCUAUCCCAAUGCCUGUCUACAGUUAUAUCCCCUUUAUUUGCAGAGUUGAAAGAGAAGAAUGAAGUGUGUGGUGGUAACACAGAUUCCAUAGAAGAACUGAGAAAGGCUAUUUAUUUAGCUGAAGAGGCUUGUCCGGGCAUUGCAGAUAACCUGGUGUCACACCUUGUGCAGAGGCUUCAGAGAUAUUCACUAGCUGGAGGAAGUACUUCAUCCUACUGAUGUGCUGUUCCUGACUUUUCUAAAACAACAGAGAUCCCUUGGUGUCUGCACUGAAGGCGCACACCCUAAUGUUGUUCUGCCCCUCAGUCACUGGAAUGUCCUUUGGUGGAAGGAUGUUCUUAAAUGUGCAAGAGUGAAAACAAAGUCUCUCAGACAGAGCCAGUCUUUUUCAGCUCCUUAAAGCUAUAAUUUUUUUAACGAUAAUGCACAUAUUCCAGGGAGGUGUCUUUUUGUAAACUCUGAAAUGUAUAUUUAGGUUUGUGAUAGAGAAAUUGAAGAUAUUGAGAAACCUCAGGUAUCUUGCUUUAAGAAUUCCACUGGGAGAUGGAGUAUGUUUGUUGGAAUUGUGUACAGAUAUGUAUAUAAUGUCUUUUUUAACUGAACGCCUUUCAACGUGCAUAAGGAAUCACUGUGUACAAAAUGGUAAAGUGCUUUUGUAGAUAAUGUUAGUGGGGUAAAUAUUUGACAGGCCAUAACUGAGUAUUGCCUUGCCUUUAUUACAUGUAAAUUUUGAAUUAUGUGGUAAGUGAAUCUUGGUUUGGUUUUUGUAUGUGAAGGAUUUGCCAUUGAAAGAGUUAAUCCUGUACUAUGGAACCUUCUAUUCGUACCUCAGCAAAGACACAAUUUUAUUCUGUUUCUCCAGUAUUUCUUCCUUUUUAUCUAUAUUCUGAGCGUGACUUUCUAAUUAUGGUACUACUUCUGGUUGUUUUAAAUUUAAUACACCUUGUCUCUCAAAGCUUUAAAUUACUGUUUUUCCUAAAGAAUGAGCUCUUUCAUAUUUUCAGUUUUAAAUUGUGCCAAUGCAAAUUCUGAACCCUAUGUAUCGUUCAAUUUUAGCAAUAGAUAUUUGUGAAGCUUAUAGUGAAAUUCAGAUACAAUCUUUUUUCACCUGAACAUGUUUGAAUGCUCACACAAAUAAAUCUUUAUUACCUUCAUUUAUUCUGAAAUAUCUCAUUAAGAUGUUGGCUCUGAGACAGUGGCAAGUAUUUCUUCAUCAUGCCUAUUUUAUCAUUAAAAUGAAUGUCUUGCAGCAUAUAAGAAAAAUGGUCCAUAGAUUCCAUAUUCGGUCUUGUUGCCUAAUCUGUGCGUCUCUUUACCAAAAGUGAUAGACGUUAGACAGAAAGACUGCAAAACUGAGCCUGAGUGUUGUAUGCUGUGUCCUAUGACUUGUCUCCCCAGAAGAAAGUUACUUCUUGAAAAUUCUGAAUUCUGACAUUUCCACUAUUCCUGUGAGUGCUGACUUACGGUUUUAUAGUUCUUGGAAAUAGUAACAUUAGUUACAUGGACAGUUGAUUAGAUGGCUUUUUUUUUUUUUUUUUCUCAACAGUAUUACUCUGAGGUUUACCUUGGUUUGGUUCAGGUGCUUCUUGUUCUGGUAGCUAAGAGAGCAUUUUUGCCUUGUUUUUAAUGAAGGAAUUGAUGAUUUUUUGUUUUGUGUGACAGUGAGGUAACUUAUCUGUUUAAUUUAAAAAAAAAAAAAAGUUUUGGAACGAGAGAAUUAAAAUUUUAAAAGUAUAGGCAUAUCUACCUGGCUUGGUCCAAAAAGACCCAGGUUCUCUAACCAUGCUGGAAGCUGGUAAGGUUGCCUUGCAGGACUUCAUAUCACCAUGGUAGCCCUUAUUCUAUGCAUAUUAAUAGCCUUAAUUAUUAAUUUAAUAAUUUAACAGUAAGAGGACACUGUCAUGCUAACAGAGCUAUGGAACUUCUGACCAGGUUGAAACAACGGUUGAAAGAAAUGGGUAUAUGUGCACUCAUUCUUGUAGCCAUAUUCUUAGAUACAACAUGUUUGCCAGCAUAAUGAGGUAAUGGUUUUCCUUUGUGGCUAAGUGAAUUUAAAGUAAAUUGAACAGUGCAUAUGUUUGACCAAUGGUUUAUAACUCCUCUUUGAUUAAUAUCUUUAAAUAUGCUGUUUUGUGUGCUCUUAAACAUUCAGGAUAGGCUUACCCUUGAGGAGACAAAUUUAGCUUUGCUGUUGUUAAAUGUGCAUCUGAAUACAAUGCAGCGGGAAGUUUACCCGUUGACAUCUCAACAUGAGAACAUUCAGCCAUUCAAUAAGUAUGUACUGUGACAGCAUAUGGAAAUAAACAGAUGUGUUUGCAUUUGAAAUAUACAUAGAUUAAUGGAAGCUUUUCCCCAGUCAUCUGUUAACGUAGAGACUUCAAAUUAAAGCAAGCUUGCUGGGAGAUGCACAGAACUCAGAGAUUUAGUGGGGAAGUUAAAUUUAUGGUGCUGGCUGGAAUCUCGAGAAUUUCUCAAUCAGAAAAUUAAAUUAAAUUCUAAGGUACGCCAUUUUUUAACAAUCAUUUCAAAAGUUACAUACAUUUUUUUGAGUUGCAUUUUAGUUGCAUUCCAGGACUGUAUGUUGAGGAAAUACUUCUCCGAGUAGAUUGCGGCAGAAUUUGCUUGGUGAAUGUGUCCCUUGGCUUAGGAGCUUAAGAUGAGUCAGACCUAGAGCAAGGGCAAUUGGCCAAAAGGCUAGGAGGUUUAGAAAAAGACAAGACCUCAUUUAUGGUAGAGAUGUGUAUUUUUAUAUGUACUAUAUAGAUUAUUUAAAUAUAGACUAUCUUAAACUGAGAUUCACUGAAAAAAAGCGUGCUGUAUCUUGAAUGUAAAAUUACAAUCAUUUGCUAUUGAAAAGUAUUGAUGCUUUAAAAAUCAGAUCUAUAUUGGUAACAGAAGAGGAGCUUCACUUGAAAGAAGCAUGGCCUCAGUUUCUGAAAGAAAAAGAAGUGUAUUGAUAUUUUCAAGAGGUGGUUUCAUGCUAAAAACAUGUCUGUUUUGUUAUAAUGUUGCACUGAUGAUUCUUCUGUGCAGGUAGUACUUCUUCACUCAGUCUUGAAUAUACUAAGUGACAAGCUAUCCCUAUUUAUGCAAACAUUUAAAUUAGUGGAACUGCUUAUUUGUCAGGGAUUUCAAGAUUAGGCAGUAAAUAAACUCACUGUUUAAAAAAAAAAAAUCAGUCAUUUGAACUGAAGGCUUGCUUUUUUGUAAGUAUCAGAUGUGUAAUCUAUUUUUUUAACUUAAUUUUCCUUGCAGUUGCACUUUGUAGUUGAUCACCAGUUUACUAAAGGAUGUCGGCAUGAUCGCUAUCGUACAGAAUGCUUUUGGUGUAAUAACAAAGCAGCUCUUUCGCUGAAGUGCCAUGGUUCCUUUGCAGCUCCAAACAUUUUGUGUAUGUCCAUGUGGGUAUGGACCGAGGAACCAGUUACUGCGGAGUGAUUUAACUGUGGCGUUCUGCCCUCGCGGUGCAGGAGGGUGGGCGGAGGGGGAAGGUAAGAGCGUGUGCAUUGGCACUGAACUGCAAAGUAGCUGGCAUGCUGUGAGUUCAUGUCCUGCUUUAUCCACCGUAACUCCUUCAUCUGCCUGUCCUUUUACUGUACUCGUGAAAUGUCUUGCUUAGCUCUUACUACUUUAUGUGGUGUUCUGUAUUAUUUUUUAAACAACGCGGUACCAGUUUGUAGUACUUUACUUUUACGUUAGCCUUACUUUUAAGGCAAUGUAUUUUUGCCUUCAAAAAUGUCACCAUUGGAAGAUUAUCAGAAGUGCUAAUAAGCACAGGUGUUAGCGCAAGGAUCAGUACAAUUGCAAAUUAUUUUUUUUUAAGUUGCUGGGGAGGAGCUUAAAGCAUAGCACAAAUCUGCAAGCUUGCUCUUUUUAACUGGAUUUUGCAGAUGUGCUAGUAGUUGCACUGAGCAUAUGCAGUAGACAAAUUGUAUGUAAUGAUUUUCUGCCUUUUUUUAAAGCAUGAUUACAGAGGACAAUUAAAAGUGUAUAUCUUGUUUUCUGUAAUAUUGCUGCCUGUUUAUAACUGUGUGUUUAAAUUUUACUUUUGUCACUCUACACCAACAUAAUAAACGCCUUGUAAACUACAUGACCUAGAAAUAAAGAAGGAAAAGUUUAACAAAA